AAAUAAUCCUAAACUAUAUAGAUACAUAGCACUACAUUCAAAUCCACAAUACUUGAGCCUUUUCCCCGCAUUGCCAGGCCGAUCGUCAUCGGCCUUGAUUUUUGAGAAUCCACUCGUGAUCUCGUCUCAACUUCUGCCUCGAGUCCCUGGAUUUUUCUCCUCCUCAUCCCAGUCCCUGAUCCCAACAGUAUCUAUAUAGGGGCCAUCAUCUCGCGCUCUGACAGAGUACCUUCAGACCCACUGUUCCUUUCCCCCCGCCACAUGCGGGCCUGCUCAAUUCUGCGCCGCAUCUCUCCCUCGGCCAAUUCCCUUCCUGUUCCUUGUCGUAUCCAGUUCACUCCUAUUUCCCUGGAAAGAGGCGCUCAGUUCGCUUCCCAAUACGCUCGUCAACCCCGACCAUUCCCACUCGUGCGACCUUACUCCACACGGCCGCAGUCUCAGCAUCAACCGAGGGAAGCAUCCUCUCUUUGGACUAUCACAUUCACCCUUCUGGCCGUUGGCGGAGGCGCCUGGCUCCACGAUAAGUACUUCACCUCUACGGAAAAUCCGCCGCCACCGCGUCCUUCUCCGACCACUCCGCCGCAAACACAUUCCUUCCUCCAAGUUAUCGAUACCCUCACCACAAUGCCUAUCGAACCCGCCCCGGGUACCGUCGGGACCCUGACCCCGGAACAAGAAGUUAAAUUGCAGGAAUUUUGGGUGCUGACACUCAGGGUGUUUGGCGUCCCCCUCGAUACCCUCGAGGCAGAACAUGCCAAUGGCAAAGGUAAUGCCGAUGCCAGCCCUACUCAGGAUAAGAAGAAGUCGUCCGGCAAGCGCCGAGGUUGGGGGCUCUGGGGUAAGGGUAACGAGGAGGAGGAUGACAACAAGAGCGUUUCCUCCGCCACCGGCAUUACUUCGAGCCUGACCUCGAUCAACAUCACCGAUGGGGACGACAAGCACGGCCAGUCCAAGGAGUUCCAGCAGGCACUCGUCGAGCUGCAGCCGGAGGAGAUCCGCACCGCGUUUUGGAACAUGGUGAAGCACGAUAACCCGGAUGCGCUACUGCUGCGCUUCCUGCGCGCACGCAAGUGGGACGUGAAGAAGGCGCUUAUCAUGUUGAUUUCGACGAUGCGCUGGCGUCUGCAGGAGGUGCACGUUGACGACGAUAUCAUGGCCAAUGGCGAGGCCCAGGCCCACCAAUACGCAUCGAGUGCCGAUCCCGCUAGGAAGCAGAAGGGUGAAGAAUUCUUGAAACAGAUGCGCAUGGGCAAGAGUUUCUUGCAUGGCGUGGACAAGUUCGGUCGACCUAUCUGCGUUGUCCGAGUGCGGCUGCACCGGGCAUCGGACCAAGAGGUCGAUGCAUUGGAGCGGUUUACAGUCUACACUAUUGAGACUGCCCGGCUGCUCUUGGCGCCCCCGGUUGAGACUGCCACUAUCAUUUUCGACAUGACCAACUUUACAUUGUCAAACAUGGACUACACACCUGUCAAAUUCAUGAUCAAGUGCUUUGAAGCCAACUACCCCGAAUCUCUCGGAUCCGUCCUCAUUCACAAGGCACCCUGGAUCUUCUCGAGUCUGUCUCCCAAUUCCCAAUCAUUGUUAAUUCUUUCUAACUGGGCUAGGUAUCUGGAGCGUCAUCAAGGGCUGGCUCGACCCUGUCGUCGCCGCCAAGAUUCACUUCACCAAGAACCGCGAAGACCUCGAGGCCUUCAUCGCCCCAGGCCAAAUCAUGAAAGAGCUCGAGGGUGAUGAGAACUGGGAAUACGCAUACUCCGAGGUGAAGGAAGGCGAAAACGCCAAGAUGGAAGACACGGAGACCCGCGACAAGCUGAUCGCUGAGCGCCAGACUCUGGCGAAGGAGAUCCAAGACGUCACGAUCGAGUGGAUUUGCGCCAGUCAAAAGAAGGAUACUGAUGCUGUGAACGCUGCCAAGGAUAAGCGUCACAGUUUGAUCGAAAAGCUGCGGGAGCAGUACUGGGUCCUGGACCCGUACAUUCGUGCCCGCUCGCUGUACGACCGACUGGACAUUAUCAAGGGUGGUGGCAAGAUUGAAUUCUACCCUGAAGCUGAGAAGAAGGAUGUCCAAGACGAAAAGAAGGCUGCUAGCGAUGCACCUGCGGAAUCAACAAAGGCUGUUCCGUCUGCGUGAGUUUGGAGUACUAGGGCCCCUGUGUUCUUUUCAUUUGAUGUUGGACUUUAUAUUUUGAUAUUGGCAGCUAGAAUCGUGCGUGCUACAUGGUUGUAUAUUAUAGUAUAUAUAUACCGUCGGCACUGGCGUCUGUCCUGCAUCGCCAGUUUGACAAUAUAGAGAGGGUCUAUAUGUUCAAGAUAAUCUCAAAGGGAAUUCCUGCUUUGAAUGAAUAUGUCAAACUAAUGUAUUACCUAUCCGUCUCUAGCAAUUGAAACAUCUUAAUUAUGG